AUGCAAAUUACAUAUUAUAUCAUAUUUAUAUUGGGCACUGGCUGCAUAGCAUUGCCAACGAAAUUUGGACCUGGUCAUUAUAAAAAUACUGGUUUUAGGAUUUAUGGGGGUCAUGAUGCUAAAGCGGGGGAUAACCCGCACAUGUGCUCCCUGAGGGUGAGCGGUGAACACCUAUGCGGGGCAUCCAUAAUAAGCUCACAAUGGGUGGUCACAAGCGCCCACUGUAUCUACGGUCAGCCAGCAGCAAACUUACUUUUACGCUGCGGUACAUUAUUACGCGAAGUACCUGGCUAUGAUUUUCAUUUGGAAUUAGUCAUAUCGCAUGAAAACUACACUGCUCCAAUGCACGAUAACGAUAUUGGGCUAUUGCAAAUUAUUGGCGAAUUUGAACUUGGUACACCAGCCAUUGAUAAAAUAUACCUACCUGAACAGGAUAUAGAUAUCGCACCUGUAGGUGCGUUUGCAACGGCAACGGGUUGGGGUCUAAAUGCUAGUCAGAUAUACCCUGAAAAGUUACAGACAGUUGACCUACCGGUGAUAGACAGGGUUAUAUGCGUACAGGACUACGAAAGGUGGAUGCCAGUUACAGAUAAAAUGUUUUGUGCUGGCUAUGACCAGGGUCAAAAGGAUGCUUGUGGUGGCGAUUCCGGAGGUCCAUUAAAAUAUAAUGAUACCUUGGUAGGUAUAGUAUCAUGGGGACAAGGUUGCGCUCAACCACAUUACCCUGGUGUUUAUACAAGGGUCAGCAAGUUUAGGAAUUGGAUACGGAAAUACACACAAAUAUAA